ACCAACCUCCUGCUGCAGGCUCACUUGUCACGCAUGCAGCUGAGCGCUGAGCUGCAGUCAGACACCGAGGAAAUCCUCAGCAAGGCGAUCCGACUGAUUCAGGCCUGCGUGGACGUGCUGUCCAGCAAUGGCUGGCUCAGCCCCGCGCUGGCUGCCAUGGAGCUGGCGCAGAUGGUGACGCAGGCCAUGUGGUCGAAGGAUUCCUACCUCAAGCAGCUUCCUCACUUCACUUCUGAGCACAUCAAGCGCUGCACGGAUAAGGGGGUUGAGAGCAUCUUCGACAUCAUGGAAAUGGAGGACGAGGACCGGAACACCCUGCUGCAGCUCUCGGAUGCCCAGAUCGCUGACGUUGCUCGAUUCUGUAACCGUUACCCCAACAUUGAGCUCUCCUAUGAGGUGGUGGAGAAGGAGAGCAUCCGCAGUGGGGGGCCCGUGGUGGUGCUGGUGCAGCUGGAGCGUGAAGAGGAGGUCACUGGGCCUGUCAUUGCUCCCCUUUUCCCCCAGAAACGCGAGGAGGGUUGGUGGGUGGUGAUUGGCGACUCCAAAUCCAACAGCCUCAUCUCCAUCAAGCGGUUGACGCUGCAGCAGAAAGCCAAGGUGAAGCUGGAUUUCGUGGCCCCAGCUACGGGGACGCACAACUACACGUUGUAUUUCAUGAGUGAUGCCUACAUGGGCUGCGACCAGGAGUACAAGUUCAGCGUGGACGUGAAGGAGGCGGAAAGCGACAGCGACUCCGACUAA